AUUUCUCUAUUUCUCACUAGGURUUAAAAAUGACUCUCAACAACGUUACCAUGCGUCGCAACCACAACAGCAAUCUGCACCAGCAGCAGCAGCGAUGGAGCAUCCCUGCUGAUGGAAAGAACCUGCUGGUCCAGAAAGACUCCAACGAGUACAACCCACAGAAACGGUACACCAUCAGUCCUGAUGAAUAUUACAGAAGGAGCUGGUCCUCGGAGUCAUCCGACUCCGUCAUCUCCUCCGAGUCUGGCAGCAGCUGCUACCGGGUGGUGCUGAUCGGGGAGCACGGCGUGGGCAARUCCUCGCUAGCCAACAUCUUUGCAGGGGUGCACGACAGCAUUGACAGUGACUGUGAGGUGCUGGGAGAAGACACAUAUGAAAGAACCCUGAUGGUGGAUGGGGAAAGUGCGACCGUUAUACUGCUCGACAUGUGGGAUAACAAGCGUGAGGGAGAAUGGAUCCGAGACCACUGCAUGCAAGUGGGAGACGCCUACUUGAUCGUCUACUCCAUUACAGACCGAGCAAGCUUUGAGAAGGCCUCUGAACUCAGAAUACAGCUCCGCAGGGCACGACAGAAAGAAGAUAUCCCCAUUAUUUUGGUUGGCAACAAAAGUGACCUUGUCAGGUGCCGCGAAGUUUCAGUGGCAGAGGGCAGAGCCUGCGCCGUGGUGUUUGACUGCAAGUUCAUUGAGACCUCAGCAGCUGUGCAGCACAACGUCAAAGAGCUCUUCGAAGGCAUUGUACGGCAGGUCCGGCUCCGCAGGGACAGCAAGGAAAAGAACGAGAAGCGGCUGGCGCUACAGAAACGGAGAGAGAGCAUCCCCAAGAAAGCCAGGAGGUUUUGGGGCAAAAUAGUUGCCAAGAACAACAAGAACAUGGCCUUCAAACUGAAGUCCAAGUCUUGCCAUGACCUGUCAGUACUUUAAGAACGCUGGACUCUGCCAGAGCUUGUGGCAUUUUGUGGACGUUAUCUAACUUUGUCRUGGGACAAUCAAUCAAUCUAUAUUAGAUUGGGCUAUCAGUGACUUAGGUUCACAGCUGUGAUCGUGAUAUGUGCUGGCAUAAGAACAGCACAGUGCAUGGAAAUAUCUCUCUUCCUUGUUUUUUGUUAGUAGUCUUAAAAGCGUAGACCAGAAUGACCCAAAAUUAUGCUGGGAACUGUUCUGGAAUACACCUGUUCUUUGUCCUCUCUCCCCUGAAUAAUAGUGUAAGAACCUCAAACACCAUGACUUGCGAAGUGAAUACUACUGUCUUUACUCUUUCUCCUUUUUAUUAUU